UCAGGGCCACCCACCACACAACAAAGCAGCAGGAACAGUAGCCUACCCAUUGAGUCAAAUGAAGCGACCGAGCUAGACUCUUGGCACAUUUGGAUUUGUCCACAAUGGAAGAGGUGUUUUUUAAAUCAGCGUUACCUGCGCAGGACUCGUUCGAGCUGCAUGACACCAGUCUGGCUCUGCCGGCCGAGCCGACUCUAAGAUCCCCCAUGGGAGUGAAUUCAAACGGCCGGAGUCUACGUGUUAACCAGCAGGUUCAGCUCACACUGGCACGCAGGGGAAGAAAGACUAUGUCAAAUGGUAGUGUCCAAUUACAGAAAAACACUGCAAAAAACUUUGAUGCUACCGAUGGACUUUUACCAAACAUGAAGGUAAAAGAAUUGGGCUUCACCAACCGCUCUCUUUCAAACAACAAUGUGCUGAGACCAUUCAGGAGGGUGGAAGUGUCUCCAGCACAGAGCCCAGAGUUACCUCGCAGUCGCUUCAAUUAUAGUACCCACCGUUAUGGGACGUACACCCACCCAGGGCCCAGUCAGUCACACAGGGGGGGAACCCUUCUGGACCACUCACUUGGUUCUGAUUCAUUUCGUCGCUAUGCUUUUUCAGAGGCACCCCAUGUCACACGGUCGCUCGCAUCCACAUCUGCAGACAAGACCUUCCGCCGGAGGUCACUCAGACAGACAGCAGCACCACAGCCUGUGCUUGCAAAUGCAGCGUUUCAGCCAAGUGGUGAAUAUGGCUCUCGCUGGGAUCAUAACCAAACUAUUGUCAAACAGGAUAAAAACACUAUGCAGGGACAAAGUGGUGAUAUGAUGCUCGGUGCUAUCCAGCCCCAAGAGGGCUUGUCCUGGUUAGCUCAGAUCAGGAGAUCAGUGAAUUCAUACCCACCCUCGGUCACUAGCGUGGAGGUGGACAUGGGACGGCAGAUGGAACUCCCCAUUCAGCAGAUACAUGCACAGAAUAUCAUAACGCUGAAGUCAGAGAACAAACCUCCAGAGAUGACGUUAGAGAGGGCCGUGAACCUGUUGACCCAGGAUAAUGAGGAGAUGCUCAUCUGUGCAGCCAGCCACAUACAGAAUCAAUGUUUCAAGAGUGGCGAUGCUAAAAAGAUGGUGUACUAUCUCCGUGGGAUUGGAAAGCUCCUGCACCUCCUGUGCAAUGACAAUGAGGAGGUGCAACGUGUCGCCGCGGGGGCUCUACGUAAUGUCGUUUACCAAAGCAGCGAAAACAAGAUGGAGGUAAAGGAAAAUGAUGGCCUGGCCACCAUUUUGCGUGCACUGAAGAGCAGCCGUGAUGUGGAGACCAGACGACAACUUACUGGUCUUUUGUGGAAUCUCUCCUCUCAUGACCUUUUGAAGGAGCAUCUAUCCAAAGAAGUCUUAUCAGUCCUCACCAAGUCUGUCCUCGUACCGAGUUCUGGCCUUUCUGAAGGCGAGAACCCAAAAGACGAGCUCCUAGCUGAUGCUGAUGCUUUCCACAAUGCUACCGGCUGCCUGCGAAAUCUGAGCUCCGCUGGUCCUGAUGGAAGGAAAGCAAUGAGGGAGUGUGAGAAUUUUAUUGACUCUCUGGUCUACUACAUCCGGGGAGCCGUAGCUGACAAGACAGAUGACGAGUCCACAGAAAACUGUGUCUGCAUCCUGCACAACCUGUCUUAUCAGAUAGAGGCAGAGCUUCCUAAGAGGUACACCUUAGAUCUCCGAGAAUCUCGACAAAACUUGGCUCCUAAGCAAAAGGCUGUUGGCUGCUUUGCUUAUCGCAGUGCCAAGAUCACUGAGCAUCUGGAGCGACAGUGCCCCCUGCUGGAGGAGAAGGCGAACCCCCGUGGCAUGGAGUGGUUGUGGAGCACCAUCACUAUCCGCAUGUACCUGUCACUGAUGGCCCGCAGUGUGCGUCAAUACACCCAGGAGGCUGCCAUCGGAGCCCUGCAGAACAUCACAGCUGGGAAAGGAGCGGUGUCUGAAGCCAUCGCCUUCACUAUUGUUCAACGGGAAAACGGCCUUCAGCAUGUCAAAAAGAUGUUAGAGGAGGGAGAAAGUAAUGUGAAGAGGACGGCCAUAUCUCUAAUAAAAAACCUCUCGCGCUACCAGAAACUGCACCCUGACAUCGUGAAGCAGGGGUUGUCAGAGUUGGUGUGGAUGCUACCCAACGACGACACUGGCACCGAACAGCCCACCGAGGUGACGGCUUCUCUGUGUCACACCCUGAUCAACCUGUGUCAGAGUGACAGGCAGCAUGUCAGAGCCAUCGUCAACCGGGGAGCCCUCCCGAAGAUCAUCAACAUCAGCAGCAAGGACAACGGUCAUGGACCAACCAGAGCGGGUCAGGCAGCAUGCAUCCUGCUGCACACCAUGUGGAAACACAGUGAUCUCCAUGGGGCCUACAAGAAGGGUGGGUACAGGAAAGUUGAUUUCAUUAAUGCCAGGACAACAAAGGCUGUGAACUCCGGAUGAGGCUGAGCCGAAAAUCUAUAACUCAAGUUGCAACAAUCACUAGGUGCGCUGUUCCUCCUUUAAUGAACUGCCUGUGUGUUUUUCAAUGCAGAAAACAUUGUGAACUAUGCCUACAUUUCACUUAAAGGUCCCAUGAAAUGGCUUUAAAAGUGUACAUUUAUUUAGUUAGUGAUGCUGUUAGUGUUAGUUAUGGCUUAAGGACAAACGUGUAUUUUAGAUUAUAGGACACAG